AGGUCUUGCCUCUCAAUUAGCUAAAACAAAGCUACGUGAGGGGAAGAGAGAGACAAGCACACAAACAAAAAAAGAAAAGAAAUCAUGGUUUCCACAAGAAGUGGAUCUCUUUCUGCUAAGAGAUCUUCUUCAGAUGACAAUAAUAACAGUAAUAGCAAGAGAUCUUCUCCCUCUGAGGAUAAUAAUAAUCAUAAUCAUAAUAAUAAGCCACCAUCACCAAAACGUCUUAAGGGAGAGAAUGGUGGAGUUACGGAGAAACAGAUGCCGACGACGGAAAAUUCUAAGGAAUCGAGUCCACCGGAGGAGGAUCCCGACGACCAUGGACCUGGAGAUGCUCGGACUAAUGGUUGUGGUGGUGGAGGCGCUUUGAUUUCGGGGAAAGGUCAAGAGACGGUGACGCCGGCGGUGGCUGUUGUCACACCGAUCGCUGAAGGUUCUACUCCGGUUGUACUGGAGAAGCCAAGGAGUUCGUUUUCCACUUGGAGUUUAUAUCAUAAGCAAAAUUCAGGUUUCGAAACGCCUUGGUGUAAGCUGCUGUCACAGUCUGCUCAGAAUCAGAACAUAAAAAUCUGCAAGUCGAGCUAUUUGAUUGGUUCAACCAAACAAUGCGAUUCUCUGUUGAAGGAUCAUGCAAUGGGCACGAUUCAAUGCAAGAUUAAACACACACAGCGCGAGGGAGGUGCUGUUGCUGUGCUAGAAACCUCAGGGAACAAGGGUACGGUGCAAGUAAAUGGGACAGCUGUCAAAAGGAUCUGUGUGCUUAAUUCAGGAGAUGAGGUUGCCUUUGGUGUGCUGGGGAACCAUGCCUUUAUUUUUCAGCAACUUUUGACUGAGGUUGCAGUUAAGAGUGCUGAGGUUCAUAGUAGUAUGGGAAAACUUUUGCAACUUGAAAGGAGGUCAGGAGAUCCAUCAGCUGUUGCUGGGGCAUCAAUAUUAGCAUCCCUUUCAAGCUUGAGGCCAGAUUUAUCAUGCCGGAAGUCUCCAGGACAGACUACCGGUAAAAUAAACCAUGGUAGUGAUGUGCCCGCACAGUCUGUCAUUCAUGAUGGUUCAGAGGUCGAGCUUGAUGGCAUGGAAGGCAAUUCAACUCCAAAUUUAGGGAGUGAUAAAGCUGCUGAAGUUGGAGCAAUUGACCAUAAUCUUCCUCAUGAUUGCGGCCAGGACUCUGGCACAGAGGCAGGCAAUGUAAAAAUCUCUGGGAUGAAUGAUUUGAUAGGGCCUUUCUUCAGGAUGUUAGCUCGAACAUCUAGUUAUAAACAAAAAUUGAGCAAAAAUAUCUGUAAACAGGUAUUGGAAGAAAGGAAUGAGUGGACGAAGGAUUCACAACUGGCAUCGACCUCAGGUAUGUCAUUGCGAUGUGCAGCAUUCAAAGAAGACCUUCAUGCCGGAAUUCUUGAUGGCAAAAACAUAGAAGUUUCAUUCGAUAAUUUCCCUUACUAUUUAAGUGAGAAUACAAAAAAUGUGUUAAUUGCAGCUUCAUUUAUACACCUGAAGCACAGAAAACAUGCAAAAUAUACCUCAGAACUAACUACAGUCAAUCCACGGAUUUUGCUUUCUGGUCCCACCGGUUCUGAGAUAUAUCAAGAGAUGUUGGCAAAAGCACUUGCCAAUUACUUUGGUGCUAAAUUGCUUGUAUUUGAUAGUCAUUCAUUUUUGGGUGGUUUGUCUUCUAAGGAAGCUAAGCUUAUGAAGGAUGGAUUUAAUGCAGAAAAAUCCUGCACUUGUUCUAAACAAAGUCCUGUGACCACAGAUGCAUCGAAGAGUGUGAUUUUAUCAGCCAGUGAAGCAGACACACCUUGCUCUUUAAAUGCACCUACUAAUCUAGAAUCUCAAACAAAGAUGGAAGACACCCUGCCUUCUUCUUCAGGUGUAGGAGCAUCGAGGAAUCUCUUGUUUAAAAAAGGUGAUAGAGUCAAAUUCACAAGCUCAUCUUCUAGUGGCUUAUAUCAAACAGCAUCAUCAUCAAGGGGCCCACCUUAUGGGACUCGUGGAAAAGUUGUGUUACUUUUUGAGGACAAUCCUUUGUCAAAAAUUGGUGUGAGGUUUGACAAACCAAUACAUGAUGGUGUUGAUCUUGGAGAUGUUUGUGAGGGAGGUCAUGGAUAUUUCUGCAACGUUGCUGAUCUUCGUUUGGAGAACACUGCUGUGGAAGAUUUGGACAAGUUACUCAUUAACACAUUGUUUGAGGCUGUUCACAGUGAGAGCAGAAAUUCUCCUUUCAUUUUGUUUAUGAAAGAUGCAGAGAAAUCUAUUAUAGGGAAUUCUGAUUCAUAUUCUACAUUCAAAAGCAGACUUGAAAAGCUUCCUGAUAAUGUUGUAGUAAUCGGUUCACACACGCAAAAUGACAAUCGGAAAGAAAAGCCACAUCCUGGUGGUCUUCUUUUCACAAAAUUUGGCAGCAAUCAGACCGCUCUGCUUGACUUGGCUUUUCCAGAUAGUUUUGGAAGACUUGGUGACAGGGGGAAAGAAGUGCCAAAGGCAACAAAACUUCUGACCAAGCUCUUUCCAAACAAAGUAGCUAUUCAUAUGCCACAGGAUGAAGCGCUUCUAGCAUCUUGGAAGCAUCAGUUGGGUCAAGAUUCUGAAACUCUUAAAAUGAAGGGGAAUCUAAAUAACCUGUGCACUGUUUUGGGCCGGUGUGGAAUGGAAUGUGAAGGAUUGGAGACAUUAUGCAUCAAGGAUCAAACACUUACAAAUGAAAGUGCAGAGAAGGUAGUUGGGUGGGGACUGAGUCAUCAUCUAAUGCAGAAUUCUGAAGCUAAUGCUGAUGCUGAUGCUGAUGCGGAUGCAAAGCUUGUUUUGUCUAGCGAGAGCAUACAGCAUGGGAUUGGAAUCUUGCAUGCUAUCCAAAAUGAAUCUAAAAGCUUGAAGAAGUCACUGAAGGAUGUCCUGACAGAAAAUGAAUUUGAGAAAAGGCUUUUAUUUGAUGUCAUUCCGCCUAAUGACAUUGGAGUUACAUUUGAUGAUAUCGGAGCUCUUGAGAAUGUCAAGGACACCUUGAAAGAGUUGGUGAUGCUUCCUUUACAAAGGCCAGAACUUUUCUGCAAGGGACAAUUAACCAAGCCUUGCAAGGGCAUACUUUUAUUUGGACCUCCUGGAACUGGAAAGACUAUGCUAGCAAAGGCAGUGGCAACUGAAGCUGGGGCCAAUUUCAUCAAUAUCUCAAUGUCCAGCAUCACAUCCAAGUGGUUUGGUGAGGGUGAGAAGUAUGUCAAAGCUGUAUUCUCGCUAGCCAGUAAAAUUGCCCCCAGUGUUAUCUUUGUUGAUGAGGUUGACAGCAUGUUGGGAAGGAGGGAAAAUCCGGGGGAGCAUGAGGCCAUGCGGAAGAUGAAAAAUGAAUUUAUGGUGAAUUGGGAUGGUCUACGAACAAAAGAUACAGAACGAGUUCUUGUACUUGCAGCUACUAAUAGGCCUUUUGACCUUGAUGAGGCUGUCAUUAGAAGGUUGCCACGAAGAUUGAUGGUAAAUUUGCCUGACGCUCCAAAUAGAGCGAAGAUACUCCAAGUCAUUUUAGCGAAAGAAGAUUUGUCACCUGAUGUUGAUUUUGAUGCAGUUGCUAGUAUGACUGAUGGAUAUUCUGGAAGUGACCUCAAGAACCUAUGUGUAGCUGCUGCUCACCGACCAAUUAAAGAGAUAUUGGAAAAGGAAAAGAAGGAACGGGCUGCAGCUCUAGUAGAAGGUAAACCUGCCCCAGCAUUAAGCAGGAGUUCUGAUGUCCGGCCCCUAAACAUGGUUGACUUCAAAGACGCUCAUGAACAGGUAUGUGCGAGUGUUUCAUCGGAGUCGGUGAACAUGACAGAGCUCCUACAAUGGAAUGAACUGUAUGGCGAAGGCGGCUCUAGAAGAAAGAAGGCACUUAGCUAUUUUAUGUAAAUUUUCCUUUGUACAAAAGCUUCCCAUCUUCUUUUAAUUUUUUGUCCCUCCUAAAGUGGGUUCUCAAGGAAUUUUGCCGCUCUCAAUUAGGACCGGUAGAGUAGCCAUUUUGCCUGUAAGGUGAAGUAUAGGUUUUGCUAGAUCAUGUUUUUUCUCUUACCUCAACUUUGUGGGGAUGGGAUGGGUGGUAUAAAGGGCGUGGAGCUACCCCCACCCCUAUUAACAACUGAAAUAGAGAAAGAGUAGAAAAAUAAAAGACUUUGUCAAUAGAUUGCA